AUGGAUGUGAAGCACAGUCCGAAGAUUAAAAGUGAACCAGUUACGCCACCGGAUACUAAUAGGCGACGUCGACUGCGCUCUCCGAUGAUAAUUGAUCAUAAAAAUGAUAUUAAAGUAAAGCGUUCGAGGCUUUCUUCUCCAGUUUUGAUCAAUGAUCACCAAGAGCAUGAUAUAAUUAGACGAGACUUAAAGCCUGAUCCAGAUUUCGGCGACCGAUCUCGCAGGGACCGUCUUCACCGCAGUCCACGUCAUUCGCGUCGCGAAUAUCCCAAUACCCAUGACCGCCACAGUAAAGAUUCUGGUACAAAGUCUCGGAACUAUGUAGAUGAAUCCAAGCCUGCUUCCGAACCAGGCCCUAAAGCACAGGUCAACUUUGAACUUUCUGGCAAGUUGGCCGCAGACACAAACUCCUAUAAAGGUGUUGUAAUAAAAUACAAUGAACCGGAGGAUGCCAGAAAGCCCACCCGGUUUUGGCGACUCUAUCCUUUCAAAGGUGACGAGAGUCUCAAAGUGAUGCACAUCCAUCGACAAAGUGGGUAUCUUAUUGGAAGUGAUACACGUGUUGUGGAAAUACCCAUGUUACAUCCCAGCAUUUCAAAACAACAUGCUGCUCUACAAUUCAGAUUUACUAAGGGGAAGGAGCGAUUAUAUGUUAUUGAUCUCGAAUCGACCAAUGGAACUUAUCUCAAUGGAAACAAAAUUGAGACCCGGAGGUACUACGAGCUUCGUGAAAGGGAUGUCUUAAAAUUUGGCUACUCCUCUCGUGAAUAUGUUGUCAUGCUAGAUACAGCUGGCUCUGAGGAAGAAGAUGAUGUCAAAUAA